CAAAUAUACCAGGCCAGCAAAAUGUUGAUGCCUAAAAAAGAUAAGAGGGCUAUUCACGAAUACCUCUUCAAAGAAGGUGUUAUGGUGGCAAAAAAAGACUUCCAAGCACCUAAACAUCCAGAGUUGGAAAAUAUCCCAAAUUUGCAUGUGAUAAAAGCUUUACAAUCACUUAAAUCCAAAGGAUAUGUCAAAGAACAAUUCGCAUGGCGUCAUCACUAUUGGGUGCUAACCAAUCCAGGCAUAGAUUAUUUUAGGACCUUCUUGAAAUUGCCUCCUGAAAUUGUCCCUUAUACCCUCAAAAGACAAACAAGGACGGAAACUGCAAGAGCUAGGCCUAAUCCUAUUAGGUCUGAGAGUUCCAAGCCUGAUGAUAAAAUGGGUUAUAGGAGAAUAGAAAGACCAGGAGAUUCUGACAAGAAAGCUGAAGUAGGGGCUGGUUCUUCUGCCAUAGAAUUUAGACAAGGAUUUGGUAGAGCUAGCAGACAAUAAGUUAUGUAAUAUAACAAAAAUAAAGAAUUAAGAAA